ACGCGUUCAGCCACUAUCUCCGUCAUUGUCGCCUUUCUCCCCAUUUUCGUCCUUGAUGCACCGCAGUAUCGAUCAAGCAGCGUCCUUUUUGCUACCGUGUAGCAUUCCUGCCCUUCUGUGUGUCCGUGCUGCUCCUGGGCCUAAUUUAUUCGCUGCCGGUUUUGGCUCCACCAGCGCAGCUUUAUGCUAUUUCGCACUGCUAAUUUCUCUUGAAGCGUAGCUGGAGGAAGAGUCGUCAGGAAAAUAACUCCAUGGGAAAUGGACAAUCGCACGAGGAUUCCGAUUCGGGAACCGAGGAUGAGCUUAGCGGGUCGGAAGAGGAGGACGAAGAAGUAGAAAGCGAGGAGGACGACGAGGACGAGGGAAAGGCAGCGAAGGACGGGAAGUCGGUAAAGACCGCCUCUCGCGGAGGCACUAGCGAGGGUCCACGUGGCACGAAGACGGUGUCGGGAAAAGCGGCUGAUGCAACAGAGAGUGGAAACAGCGCGGGGGGAGGAGGAGGAGAAGGAGAAGGAGAAGGCAAGCUUGGAAAUGGAGGGAGCGCGACGGCGAGAGGAAGUCACAGCGGAGAGGGAGGAAGCGCCGGAGCCGGAGGCACGUUGAUGAGCGGCGCUGGUGGGUUGGAGGGAGCAGGUGACGCAGUCGAGCAGACGGAGAGCGGCGGUAACGCAGGGGACUGGGACCUCGCAUGGGACGAUGAGGAGGAGGAGGGGGAGAAGAAGGCGGAAGGGAAGGCGGAGGGGAAGGCGGAGGGGAAGGAAGACGGGAAGGCGGCGAAGGGUGGCGGAAAGGAGAAGGGGGUCAAGGCAGCAGGGGUGGAAAGAGAGGAGAGUGAUGGAAAGGAGGAGGGGGAGGUGGCGGCGAGGGAUGGAGAGAAGAGUUCGGACGAGACAAGCCGGGUGUUGGGAGGUGAAGCGGGGGUGAAUGGAGCAGAGUGGGGCAAAGCUGGUGUGGCUAGCAAUGCGGCUAGCAGUGCAGGAUCUUUAGCUGCUGCAGCAGCAGGCACAGCAGGGCUUGCUGCGUUCAUAACGCCUGCUCCUGCUCCUGCUGCUGCUGCUACUGCUGCUGCUGCGGCCCCCGCUCCUUCUCCUUCUGUUCCGGUUGCCACCACGCCUGCUCCUCCUGCUGUGUGUGACCCACCGUCUGCUGGUGCUGCUGGUUCUGCUGCUGCUGCUGCUGCUGCUUCCAGGGCCAUGGGAGGGGGCGGUGUGGUGCAGGCGUGGCAUGAGUUCGCGGAGAGCAAGGGGCCGUUGAUGGACGCCUCUCGGUCGCUGUCGUCGCACCCCUUCAUGCACGGCCCCGCCAUGCCCCGCGCCGACAUCUGCACCGAGUUCUACAUCAUCCGCCACGGGGAGGCAGCUCACAACGUGUCCACACUGAUAGGGGGCCGGUCGCCGCAGGCGGCGCUCACCCCGCUGGGCGAGCAGCAGGCGGUGCUGCUGGGGCGCUACCUGCGCGACUACGUGGGGCUGCCCUUUCACGCCGUCUUCUCCUCGCCCAUCGAGCGCGCCAAGCGCACCGCCAUACUCGCCUGUCAGGAGAUGGGUGUGUCGGAUGCUGUGAUCCGCUACGCGGACGAGCUGCAGGAGCUGAGUCAGGGGCAGUGGGAGCGGCAGCCGCGCGCACGCAUCUACCAGCGCGGCGUGCUGGAGCAGAUGGUGGCCGCCCAGCCCGACUUCAGGGCGCCUGGAGGGGAGAGCCAAAGACAGGUUGAGUUUCGGAUGGUUGAGUUUGUAAGCAACAUCGUUUUCGUUCGGCAGCACCUGGAAGCUCUCGCAUCCACUCCAUCUGCACCACCCUCCACCGCACAACACCCUUCAGCCUCUAAUCUGCCCACUGCAGCUGACUCCAAGCAGCCUUCUGCUAAGCUCCAGGCUACUGCUGACCCCAGCGAUUCAAAUUCCACUGUUUCUGCUUCCGGAACUAAUGGUGUCAACAGCACUCCAGCAACUGCUAGCAGCAGCAGCAGUAGCAGAGACACCAGCAGCACUGGCAGUGCCAGCACUGCACAGGGAAGUGGAGCAGCAGGAGAUGACCAUGUGUUCCGAGUGGCCGUCUUUUCUCACGGCACAGCAAUACGGUGCCUUGUGCGCGGUGUGCUGGGUUCAGACCCCCACAUGACCCACAAUAUUGGCAUCGACAACACGUCCAUCUCUGUACUCCGUCACACAGCUCGGAAAGGGUGGCAUCUGGUCAAGAUGAAUGACACUACACAUCUCAUUCUCGCCCGUGGUCCAAAACUGAAUGCAUCCAAUAUGCAUUGAUGUAAGUUUUUGAACCCGUAAACUAGGUGUAAGAUGCCUAGUUGUAAGGAAUUAAGAUUCCUUACUGGGGCUCGCUUCAGCGAGUACAUGCGAACCUCUCGGGUCUGCAGGCUCGGCCCUUGGUUCUCGCGCCACACCGGCCCCCGCCGACCUAUUCAGCCCCAACCUCAUCCAGAGUCGCCCCGAACCCAAUUUGACCCCGUCACCCUCAGGGACUUACGAGCCCUUGACUGGUCCAACCCUCGACAUCCAGCCCUGGUGAAUCGCCCUAUAUAUUGCCUAGACCUCAUUUUUAUCAACACUGUCAACUAGAAUGAAUGAUCGAAAAGUGGUACAAGGGGGAUGUAUGUGUUCUGGUUGUACCCUCUAACACCCUACAAUUAUCUAGCCU